AGCUGAAGUUGCGUAUUCUUUCAAGUUGCACGCGUGUGUUGCUUGGAACUUGCGGGUAGCAUCAUCAUGUUCUUAGUGCCUAAAUAACGUUUUUGGUAAUGUUACUGCACUAUAAUAAAGACUCUAAUAACAAAGUUAUGUGCAGUGUCGUGUUGUGAUGUACCAAUGUGCCGAUAAAACAAUCGAUCUUUGUAAAUGUUUUACGUAUAUGGAAUCCAGGUGGCAGGUGCCUAGAAAGCAGCUGGUAAGAUGGGAAAGUUGUUGUCCAAAAUUUUUGGCAACAAGGAGAUGCGAAUUCUCAUGUUGGGAUUGGAUGCUGCAGGAAAAACUACAAUAUUGUAUAAACUUAAAUUAGGACAGUCCGUGACAACUAUACCGACUGUAGGAUUUAAUGUAGAAACUGUUACCUAUAAAAAUGUUAAAUUUAAUGUCUGGGACGUAGGUGGACAGGAUAAAAUACGUCCCUUAUGGCGUCAUUAUUACACAGGAACGCAAGGUCUUAUUUUUGUAGUAGAUUGUGCUGACAGGGAUAGGAUUGACGAAGCACGUCAAGAACUUCAUCGGAUUAUUAAUGAUAGAGAAAUGCGUGAUGCUAUUAUUUUAAUUUUUGCUAAUAAACAAGAUCUUCCUGAUGCGAUGAAACCCCAUGAGAUUCAAGAAAAGUUGGGGUUAACUAGGAUACGGGAUAGAAAUUGGUACGUUCAACCAUCAUGCGCUACAACCGGAGAUGGGCUUUACGAAGGGCUCACAUGGUUGACCAGUAAUCACAAAUUAUGAGCAAAUAUUUAUUUUUCAUCUAACUUGGCUAUAGAUAUGGAAAAAAAAAAAAAAAACAAAAAACAAAAAAAGGAAAGAAUAUACACCUGUAUUUUUUAUUUAUAAACUUUAUCACAUUACGGAGGCUCCGUUGUAAGGCACAAUUGAACAUUGAUCGAAUAUCAAUGGAAUGAUUUCGAUAACAAAAAAAAAAAAAAAUAAUAAAAGAAAAAAAAGAAAGAAAGUGAGAAAAGGAAAAGAAAAAGAGAAUGAGAAAGAAAGAAAAAGAGAGAUACUGCAAUUCAGAAAUGCUCCUUACAUACUGUGGUGUGUGUUCCAAUAAAUAUUGAUAAUAAGAGCAUAGUAAUAUAUCAUGAAGCCAACUAAGAGAAAUUGUAAUCAUUAUUAAUUAUUAAUUAAUUAUUAUUAUUAUUAAUAUUAUUAUUAUUAUUAUUAUUAUUAGCUGUCCAUUGCCACCCAUAAAAUGUAAUUAAAAACAUUAUCGAAUAGAGUUAUAUACUUUCAGAUCGCAUUUUCUUAUAAUUUAAAAAAACACUUUUAAAAAACGUACGUAUUUAUAAAAACAAAAGAAGAAGAAAAAAAAAUAAGAAAGAAGAAAAAUAAUACGUCGUAAAAUAAAUUGAAAUAUUUUAACAUUCGUAAACAUUUAACUGUGGUAUUUAAGGAAAUUGUACAUCCUUAUGGGAUUGACAACAUGCCUUCUUCUGACUGUAUAUUAUUACAAUGUUUUAAUGUGGUUGUAAACACUAAGUAUACAGUAACAUUGAUACACUAACGUAAUAUAUAAUCUAAUGUAUAAUUCACUUUUUCUACAAAUCAGAAAUAAUAAUCACUCUUUGAAUUCAUCGACUGUCCAUAAUGUAGUCUUCCAGUUCUAGUGAAGUACAUGAAAGUGGUUUAUAUCAAUGAUAUCGCAUAAUAAUUCCCAUUACUCUCUUACUUUAUUUUUUUAUAUCCAAUUCCUAAACUUUCUCAUAUACUUCACUUUAAUUGAAAUUCAAAGAUAAUCUUAAUAGAAAGAAAGAAAAAAAAAUAAUAAAAUAAAAUAAAAUGGACAUGUUUAUUCGCACAAAAUAUAAGGGGCAAAAUUAUCGUACGACUUGCAGCUAUACUACUCAUUGAGAUACUAUCAGUUUAAAGGAACGUGUUAUUAUGUAACAACAAUAACAACAACAACAACCACCACGACAUACACACAAUGCCAACGUUUUUACUAUAUGCAAGUAUUAAUAAUAAAACAAGGGACAAACAAAUAGUUAGAAUUAGGUUGCCAUAUUUCUUCGACACACACACACACACACAAAUUGUUUUAUCAAAGAGAUGUUGUGUAUCUUACAAAAAUCCUUCUUUAAUAUAUA